AUGAAUGAGCAUACCAAGAUUGCCAUUAGUCUCGUGAAAGGCAAUAGUAAUAGCGGAACACCAUUGGUCUUCGAUAUCGAUGACAUCAAAAAACUUCGAAAUUGGGGCACGGCCGGAAUCCUAACUGGUACUUUGCCCUCUGCUGCACAACAGAACGGGUUUCUAAGCGUACCACUGCGGCUUAUGGUGGAAGAAGCUUUGUGGUUGGUUGAUAGCGGAAUGGCGUUUUUCUUUACAGGGCCAGAAACGGUUACAGCUGCUGCUGAGACACUAACUGCGAGAGAAAUGGAACACGCACUUGAGAGGCAAGAAAAGUCUUUUGCGGAGCAACGAUUGUUUAAAAAACAACAGCAUGCUGAAAAAAUGGCUAGUCUAGGUAUCCCAUUCGAUGAAGAAAAAGCUUCCUUUACUCUGCUGGAGUCUUCACUUUUCGUUGAAACCCCCAGUGUGUCAGAGUUGGUGUCAGCGACGAUUGAUCAGAACUCCGCACGGCAAGAAGAGCUGUGGAUUAAGCUCUAUAAUGGCUUGAGAAACACUGGAGAUUACUUUGUUUACAAGGCCCUGAAACAGAACCAUUACUUUUUGUCCCCAGGCGCUAGGUUUGGCGGCAGAUUUAUAGCCUAUCCUGGCGAUCCACUAAGGUACCACUCCCACAUGACCGUGCAGCCGGCACUUGACUAUAACCGUGAUCCAUUAGAUCUUCUGCAAGUGGUUAGCGGCGGCAGGCUAGGAACAGGCGUCAAGAAACUGUGGGUUGUGGCAGGUGUAAAAAUGGAUGAUGAAAAAGAAGCUAAAGAAGAUGUUUCGUUUUUUUCCAUCGAGUGGGCAGGUUUCGGAUAA